GGCAAGAUCGCUUAAAUAAGUAGGAAAAGCAAAGACAAAAACCCUAGACAGGGGGGCUGGAUUGGGUUACCGGGGGCUGAUGCAAUGAGGUGGGCUGGCGUGUGAGCACGAUUCAUGAGCGAGCAAUAGUGGCAAGCUUAACCCCCCAUCCACGAUGAUACCUCUUGCAGCAUAGCGUGGCUGAGAAGAGUCUGAUCCCGAUGGGUCCCUCUGUAUCUUUGGCCUCUCAGCACCACCAGAACGGCUGAGAAUUCCAAAUCAAAGUUUCUUUCGGAGAGGACCAAUAGAGAAAUGGCUGUCAAUGGGGUUGCAAAACCCAUGUCUUUGACUCUUUGCAUCCCCUCUGCUGAUCAAAGUUUGGUCUCCAUGGCAUUGACAUCACGAAUGCAGGGUAUUCGCCGCUGGGCACCUGCAAAGGGAGAUGGAGGGGGGACAGCUUCGUGAUGACACGAUGAGCGUAUCAGAAAGGAAGGUGAACCCUCUGCGCAGUGCAUCCCAGCCUACUGUGUACCGACUACUGUCCCAAUUCUUGACCAUGCGGACGGGAUGGGCAGUGGAGCAGCACAGGCCAUUCUGGACGAGUGCGAUGCCCCCCUCCACAUUAGCACCGGUGUCUCGGGACUUUCUGUCAUUCAACACGGGCCAUAUCCCGUAUGGUGCCCACACCCACGAGCAGCGGCAGGGGCAGGCGAAUAGAGCUCACAUUGGGUCUCGUGAAUUGCUCGUGGCGGCCGUUUCCAGCUACGUUGACCAGCACUCGGAGUCUCCGCUGGAAUAGAGCUGAGCUCCUGCUUGUGUUAGUUACCCCUUCUUGCUGCAUAGUCUAUUGAACAGCUAUGAUCCUUGCUAGGGCGAGAGUUCA